AUGCCUAUCACAUGCUUUCUAUGCGGCAACAAGACCGAAGAAAAAUUUACGACACGUUCGUCCUCUAACAAGACCUACAAUGCGAUACUCCUGGCUGCAUUGAACAAGUACUCAUCAAUCAUAUCAAACGAAGUGGAGUGCUUUGCAGCCAUGAGCACGUGUAGAAGAUACUAUUGCAUCAGGCACUGCACCAACGCUACGCAAUACAUUCUCGCGGAAGUGAUUGCAAGCGGCGGAAGACUGUCCGAAACGCUAGAUCAUGUCUCAUACAUCAAUCAGAGUGAAAUUUCUGAGCAUAUUCUAGCAAGCGUCAAUGAUGCCAUAAAGUCCUUUUCGAACAACAUCACAGUCACCAACUAUGAUCUGAUGCGUUACCUAAACGGACAACUGAAGAAAUACUAUCAUGAGGGCAGGUGGGAAAUCCCUCAGCUCGCAAAUCUGGCAGAAGCUGAUUAUCUACAGCCAAUAACAGAAGCCGGAACAUCAGGCACUCAAAACUUCGACUUCUCCAUGGAUUAUGAGAUGCUGCAAGCGCUUUCUGCAAAAACACAGAACUUAGGAUCUCCAAUCAAAACUGCUAGCAGCCUUCUUAGCACACCAUGUGUGAAGCAUACAGAUUCAAGAUGA